UUUUCCUCACACAUGGGAGAACAUGAGAGCUGGGAGGAGCUGGAAGUUGCUCCCUUCAUCCCUUCUCCGCUCUCCAGAGUGCAUCUUUACGCGCGCAGGAGAGCGUGGAGCUAGAGCGCGUGGGCUCCUGAUCCCGGUGGGAUGAGAAUUGUUAUUCCACUCUGACGAUGACACCCGGAGCUCCACGUCGCGGGGAGAGCCGUCCUGCAGCGUGAAGGAGCGGAGAGGACACGCCGAGCCCGCCGAGGCGCUGAGAGGACCAGUGAGGAUCUGCUGCUCUGGUCAUGUCCCUGUGGAUGAUCCUUCCCCUCAGCCUGCCUGUCUUCACCAUCACAGGAAUAUGGGUUGUAUAUGCUAUGGCGCUCUACAACCAGCACGUCUGCCCCGUGCAAAACUGGCUGUAUAAUGAGUCCUGUGAAGAGCCUCUUCCACUGCAGAGAAGUCCUGUGCUGUGCUGCACUCUGGACAACGUGCCGCUCAUCAGUAAAUGUGGAACUCUCCCCCCUGAAAGUUGCUUCUUCAGCCUCGUCUGCAGCACGGGAUCCUUCAUGGUGAUGCUGGUCGGCCUGCUUCGUUACGCCCACGUGAUCGAGAAGCACCACAACUGUGUCCUGAACACGGCCGGCCUCUCCACCGGCUGGAUUUGUGCCGCCGGCCUCAUCAUGGUGGGAAACUUUCAGGUGGAUUUUGCCAAAGUGCUGCAUUACGUUGGGGCUGGCGUGGCCUUCCCGUGCAGCAUGUUGUUCGUGUGUCUCCAGUCAGCGCUGACCUACAGACUGGCCAAAACCCAGGAGGAGUUCUGGAUGGGUCACCUGCGCAUUUGCAUCACUCUGAUGGCUCUCAUCGCUUUAGUGCUCAGUGGAGUCUUCUUUUGCCAGGAGAGCUUUUCUCUGCAGCACACCUCGGCCAUCUUUGAGUGGAUCUACUGCAUGUUCAUCAUGGUCUUCUACGGGACGUUUGCCUUCGAGUUCAGGGGCAUGUCGGGGGACACUCUGAUGGUGCUCUCCAGAGGAGGCAGUUUCUCCUCCGCUGAGCAGAAGGCGGAGGCCGCAGGAGGCGCGGGUCACCCUCAAACGGACAAUCUGACGAUCCUGUAGUGAAGCUGGAGUCAGCCAUGCUGGAUGUAACCUGGAAGAGCGUGAUGUCGGACGCCACUUUUGCACACAGACCAAAACACAGCUUUCCUCCUCAGCAGUUUACUGCCUGCACUGACUACAGGACGGUUGCAUAACAGCACACGUACCUUCCUGAGCACACAUGUGCUCGUGUGUGUUUGUUUGACUUUUCCUUCUUGUACGACAGGCCUCCCUCGGCGUGCUCGGCGGCCGGGAUCGUCUUUCAUCCAACAAACAGCCACUUCGUUCAUUGUUCUCUCAGGAAGUCUUCAUACAUCACAGUUUCCUUUUUUUGACUCAAAAAAAGCCUUAAUAUGAGCCAGAAACAUGUCAUUUAUACCAAGUUGCUUUUAUUAUUUACAAUAACAAACGGCCAAAGCAUUAUCAUUAUGCAUAUAAGCUCAUCUCUGAUGUAAAAGCUGUUCUAACUGCUGGUUAUUGAAGAAAAAUAAAACAAUUUACAAUUUUGA